UAUGAGCAAAAGUUUUUUAAACAAUAAUCAAGUAUAAUUUUGUUAAUAUUAUCUGAUCGAUUUUAUUUUUUUUGCAUUUUUUGUUUUUUUUGUUUUGACUUGCGAGAAUUCUUACUUUUUUUCUCUGCAACAAAUAUAUAUCAUAAAGUGGGGAUAUUCAUUUUCAACCACUUCCACAAUGAAUAUUGUUGGUGGAAUACAUGCAGCUAUAAAAGUUGUGAAUUAUUUUUUUUUUUCUCAAAUCAGGCUACCUAUGCUGAAACUAAAAUAUUUUUUUAAUUAAGUUUAUAUUUAUAAAUUCUAUGUUUGUAUAUAGCAAUUUCUGUUAAAGUUAUAAAAAUGGAAGAAAGUACUCGCAAGAUGCACUCUGUAUUGGAGACAGAAUUAUAUUUUCUCAUUGUGAAAUUUCUUGAGAGAGGUUCAUGUUCCAAAGCUGCAAACGUACUAAAACAGGAGUUGGAAACUAUGAAGAUAUUACCAAAAAGAAUUGAUUGGAAAGGAAAUUUUCAUGAUCAAAAUUUUGAAGAUUUGGAUAAAAAAUAUCCACAUAUCAGCGCCGACUAUUUAUUACAAAUAUGUAGUCGUAUUGGUUCUUUAAUGGAAAAAGAAGUACCUUCGUCCAUCCCAGGUUUCGUAUCACUUCUAGGAACUGGUAGACAAUCAGUUUUACGUAGAAAAGAAGAUUUUAGUAAAAAUUAUCGAAGAAUAGUCGAUUAUUCUACUAGAUUUGGUGGUAUGCCUUUCAAUGAGCAUCCGAGUAAUUUGUUGCAUAAUAUCGUUCGUGUUUUACAAGGAAGAGAAAAUUCGGGGCCGUUACAUCGGCGUGAAGCAAUUCCAACUCAGUUUUAUUCUAAAAUGCAGCUGUAUCGUUAUACUUUAGGGCACUUAUCGGCAGUUUAUUGUGUUUUAUAUGAUCGAAGUGGCAAAUAUAUUAUUACUGGUGCGGACGAUUUACUUGUCAAAGUAUGGAGUGCAAUUGAUGGUCGUUUACUUGCUACAUUCAGAGGUGCUUCUUCAGAAAUAAUGGAUAUAGCAGUGAGCUUUGAUAAUUCAUUGCUAGCAGCAGGAAGUUUAGAUAAAAUAUUAAGGGUGUGGUGUUUUCAAACUAUGUCUCCAGUUGCAGUUCUAUCUGGACAUUCAGGAAUGAUAACAUCAGUGAAUUUUUGUCCUAUCUCUUGUAGUGGAAUAAAUUAUUUGGUAUCAACAAGUACCGAUGGUUCAGUUGCUUUCUGGUCUUAUACACAAAAAAUGAAUGAAAGAGCUAUAUUUCAGUCAAAACCUAUACAAUAUCAUGAAAAAAUGAGACCUGGACAAGCCCAAAUGAUUUGUGCAUCAUUCAGUCCUGGAGGUGCUUUUAUGGCAGCCGGUUCAGCAGAUCAUCAUGUCCGUGUUUACAUUAUGCUCGGAGAUGAAGGUCCACGACGUAUUCUUGAGACUGAAGCACAUUCUGACACAGUAGACAGUAUUCAAUGGGCCCAUGCAGGUUUAAAGUUCAUUUCAGGUUCAAAAGAUGGAACUGCUAUUGUUUGGAAUUUCAAACAACAACAAUGGGUCCAGAAGCGUCUUUUAAUGAACACUAAAUUACCCGGAGAUCCUGAAAUUGUUGAUGAUACAAACAAAAAAUCAAAAGUAACAAUGGUCUGUUGGGAUGUUAGUGAUGAAUGGGUCAUUACGGCUGUAAAUGAUAGUACUUUAAAAGUAUGGAAUUCUAAUAGUGGAGGAUUAGUUAAAAUUUUACGUGGUCACAAAGAUGAAGUAUUUGUUUUGGAAGCACAUCCAAUUGAUCCAAGAAUUGUAUUAAGCGCAGGACAUGAUGGACAAUUAAUUGUUUGGGAUGUGCUCAAUUCUGAACCCAUAACAUGUUUUCAAAAUUUUAUAGAAGGUCAAGGAAAUGGUGCUGUAUUCGAUGCCAAAUGGUCACCUGAUGGAACCAUGCUUGCUGCGACUGACUCACAUGGUCAUUUAUUAAUGUAUGGAUUUGGUGCUGGAGUUGAAAAAUUGAAAAUUAUACCCAAGGAGUUAUUUUUUCAUACAGAUUAUCGUCCUUUGAUUCGUGAUACUAAUAACUAUGUAUUAGAUGAACAAACUCAAACCGCACCGCAUUUAAUGCCUCCUCCUUUCUUAGUUGAUGUUGAUGGAAAUCCUUAUCCACCUGCAUUGCAGCGUUUAGUUCCCGGUCGAGAAAAUUGUCGUGGAGAGCAGCUUGUGCCUAAUAUUGCUGUAGGGGUGGGAGAAAUAUUUAUAGGAGUGCAAGAAGUUAUUGAAGGUCUACCUGAUCCUGAACCAAGGUCAAAUAUUGAUAGACUUAUUGAAGCUCUUGCCCAAAGACAAAAUAUCAUUGGAGUUGAUAAUGAAGAAGUAGAUGAUAGAGAGGAGACUAAUGGUGAACAACAGCUUCGACAAAUUUCUAGCCCUCGCGGCAAUCGUUCAGGUUUGCGUCGUAUUGGAAAUAUUGAAGGUGUUAGGCACAGUAGUGGUAAUUGGCAACGCGAUAAUACAACACCGUGGAAUAAACCUAUUCUUGUACGGCCUAUAAAAUCUUCAGUGCUUAAAAUGCGGUUAGAUGUAUUACAUAGUAUGGCUGAUGCUGAAUUAGAUCUCUGGAAGAGAGAAAUGAAAAAACGGCCACAAUCUUCCGUCAAUGUUGCUACUGUUCAAGAUAAUUUAAACAAUCGAUCAAGUAACUGUAAACGAAAUCGUGGUAGAAGACAUGGCUACAGGACCCGUUCUGCAAGAGAUGAAGCUCGAAAUGAUGAAGAUUUCAAUAAUAUUAGAAAUGUAGAUGUAUCAGGAAGUUCAGUAAGUAGCAACAGUAGCGAUUCUACGGCUCAUGAAGAAGAUAUGAGUUCGGACUCAACAUCAGAGUCAAGUAGUGAAUAUUCUGAUUGGAUUGCUGACCAUGGAUUAAACUUAGAACCUCCAAAAAGAAGUAAACGAAGACCUGUCAAAAAAAGAUCUCCGACACCUCCAAGUGAUACAGAAAGACGAAAGAAUCAACGAUUAAGGAAAAAAGCAGUAGCAGUACCUAAUGGGAUUGCCGAAGUACCUGAAAUUUUUCGUCCUUCAGAAUGGCUUACAGAGGUGAUUCCUCGUAAAGCUCCCUAUUAUCCUCAAAUGGGUGAUGAAAUAGUCUAUUUUCGACAAGGCCACAACUUAUAUCUCGAUGCUGUUAGAAAUAAAAAAGUAUAUGAAAUAGGUCCUCGUUGUGAACCAUGGUCCAAAAUGAACAUAAAAGCGCAAGAAUUCGUGAAAGUUGUUGGUAUUAAAUAUGAAAUUCGACCACCACGUCUCUGUUGCUUAAAAUUAGCGUUAUUAGAUGAAGAUGGCGGUCUUACCGGAGAGAAUUUUACUGUAAAAUACCAUGAUAUGGCUGAUGUUUUAGAUUUUUUAGUUCUACGUCAGACAUUUGAAACAGCUUUGAUGCGGAAUUGGUCUGUAGGUGAUAGAUUUCGAUGUAUGAUCGAUGAUGGCUGGUGGAUGGGUCAAAUCGAAUCUGUCGAACCAUUAGAUGAAGAAUUUCCGGAAUCAUUUUUCAUGUGUUUUCGAGUAAGAUGGGAUAAUGGUGAAUAUGAAAAGAUGAGUCCAUGGGAUUUAGAACUUAUCGAUAAUGAACGAUUACCGUUAGAAAUUGGCGGUGCAGUACCUGUAUUGCCGGAGGAAAUUCAAACAACCUUAUAUCAGCCUAAACCAGAUGAAUGGCCGAUGGGAGAUAGAGAAGCUACUUGUCGUCGUAUCGUACGUGGAAUUGAUCAAGUCAUGUCUCUUGCUAUAGCAGAACCAUUUAUAACACCCGUUGAUCUGAAUAUUUAUCCAUCUUAUGCAUUUGUUGUGGAAUAUCCAAUUGAUUUAUCAACCAUAAAAACACGAUUAGAAAACCAUUUUUAUCGAAGAAAGAUUGCAGCUCAAUUUGAUGUAAGAUAUUUAGCAACAAAUGCUGAAAAAUUCAACGAACCUCAUAGUCAAAUUGUCAAGUCUGCACGGAUUGUUACCGAUUUAUGUUUAAAAAUUAUAAGAGAGACUACAGAAAUAGAUGUACCCGCAGUAUAUCAUCAACUAGUUGAUACAUAUCAUUCUUCAGAUUCAGAAAUAGAAUUAAACAAUAAAAUAUCUAUGCCUUCUACAAGUCAAGGAUUAUGUAAUCGUAAUCUACGAUCUCACAAAAAUAAUUGUAUUGAUUGGAAAUUGUCAUGUCGUCAGUUAUUAGAAAUUUUAUGGCAAUGUGAUGAUUCUGUACCAUUUAGAGAGCCAGUAGAUCGAUUAGAACAUCCAGAUUAUUACCAAAUAAUUGACACCCCAAUGGAUUUACGAACAAUAAAAGAAGAUUUAUUAGGUGGCAACUAUGAAACUCCCCAAGAGUUUGCUAAAGAUAUGAGAUUGAUAUUUACUAAUAGUAGAAAUUAUAAUACUAAUAAAAAAUCAAGAAUAUAUUCUAUGACAAUAAGACUAUCAGCUAUGUUCGAAGAACAUAUGCGCAAAAUUAUAUAUACAUGGAAAUCAGUAAGACGUCGAAAUCAAAAUAACAGAAAUGAAAAAAGAAAAUGUGGUUUAAAAAAAUCGAACACUUGCUCAAAAAGUAUUGCAGGUACUUCAAAAAAACAACAAACAGAAGAUAGAGUCGAUGAUGACAAUAAUGAUGAUGAUGAAGAAGAUGAUAACGAUGAUGAUGUCGAUGAUGAUGUUGAUGUUGAUGUUGAUGAUGAUGAUGAUGAUGAUGAUGAUGAUGAUGAUGAUGAUGAUGAUGAUGAUGAUGAUGAUGAUGAUGAUGAUGAUGAUUAUGAUAGCAAUGAGGAAUAUACUGAUCAAAAAAAGAAGACUAUUUACUCGGGACGUAAAAAAAGACCACUCCAACAAAAACAUACUACUCAGUACAAUGGACCAGGUCCAUCUCGAGUUAAUAAUGGUUAUGAUCAAUGUUCUACAAAAUCUAGACCAAUGAAACUUAGAACAGUUACUACGAAAGUGAAAAUUAAAAAGUCACCAGUUCAAAAUGAAUUGGAGUCAUCGAUUGAUGCAGAUAGCAGUGAUAGUGCAACUGUGGGUAUGGCAAAAGCGAAAAAACAUAUAGAUAGUGAUGAUAGUGAUUCCACUGAUAGCUACAAACCGGAUAAACGAAGAAUACCGACGCGUAAAAGUAGUGUUAAAAAAUCUAAGCAUAAUAAUCGUAAAAAUAACAAAAACUAUAAAUACAGAAAUAACGAUAGUAGGAAUCAAGACCAAAAACAUAUGGAUUCGAACAAAACACAAGAAUCUGUAGGAUUUCAAAGUUUCGACAGUGAUAGUGAAAAUGAUAAAAUUCAAAAGAACUGUAAAAAAACUCGUAAAGCUAUUGAACAUCAAGAAGAAAUUUCAACAACUAGUUACAGUUAUCAUGAAUAUGUGAGUGAAGAAUCUUCUAAUGACGUUUAUAAACAAACAUUUAGUCAUGUUAGUUCAAGUACUGAAGAAUCUGAUAGCGAUAGCGUAGUGAAAAUGCGAAAAAUACGACCGCAAAGAGAAAUUUCAUUUAAUAAUAGUUGUGAAAAUGAAAAUUCAACAGAACCUCGGACAAGAAGAAAACGCCCUCGGUACAAUGAAGAAAGUGAUGAAAAUAGUAGUGCUCCAAUUAGAAAUAGACGAAGUAUAAAAAGACGUUAUUAUGCUGAAGAUAGUGAUGAUAGUGGACCCGGCCCCGGUAUCAGUAUAAGUAGUAGAGGACGUGUUCGAAAAAUGACAGCAAAAGCUCGAGCAUUUUUGUUAGAAUCACCUUAAAGGCCUUUUUUAUGUUUGUAAAGUUACCUUCAUAAUUUUACAUUAGUUGGCCAAAGUUGUAUUUGUUCACCAUUUAUAAUAAUGUAAAAAUUAUUUGUACUUGAUUUUAUCUGCAUCAAUUCAUUGUAAUAGUAAUGCUUGAUAUUUGAUGUAAAAAACUAAAAUAUUUUAAUCAUAAUUUUUUCUACAGAUAAUUUUGAAAUAUUGACCACAAACAUCAUUAUAUCGUAAUAAAUAAUAGAGAAUAAGAUAUGUAUAUUCUCAAAAAGAAACA